AAAGUUCAGAACACCUAGCCCCCACCCAAAAAAAAAAAAGAGCGUCAAAGCUCUUUCUAUCACCCGUUCAUCACCUCGCGUUCCUUCUUUGUAUCUGCAACCUAUCCAUUAUUCUUUAACUGGAUUUGCUUUCUUCUUCGCAUCCUUUCCAUUAAUUUGGGUUUCUGGCUCUAUAAUGGUGUAUCGAUGGCGAAGCGGUCACAUUUGACGGAAGUUGGCUGCAUCGCCUGUGAAGAAUUGUCCGAAUUUGGGGCUGGCAAGGAAGGGUGGUUGGUCGAGAACCCCUCCCUUCUCGCAGCCCUAGACACUCAUUCUAUCGCUCUUUCUGAUCGUUCUGUCGUUCUCAUUCUCGACUGGAAUGAAGAUGAUCCCUUCAAUCGUCCCGUUAAGAUCAGACCCUCACUGCCCCCAGCUGAGGGCGAGAUUACCGCCAUCGAAUGGCUUGUCUUUGAUGAUAUUCGUGUAAUUUCCCUGGGCACCUCUAAUGGGUAUCUGCUCAUCUACUCCGUGGGAGGCGAUCUAAUUCAUAAACAGAUGAUAUAUCCUGGACGUGUACUUAGGUUGAGAGCCCGUGGAACCAGGAAUGGGUUUUCACAAAAUACAUCCUCAGAGGAGGUUUCUAUUGUUAUGCCAGGUGUAAUAGCACGCUUUGAUGGAUCAGAUAUUCAGAACUUGCUCCAACGGUGGUUACAAGAAGCGCGCUCACAGUUUUGGGAUCAGAAAUUGCAAAAACAAGAUCCAGAGGAUCCAGGAAGUUCAUAUGGUAGACUGCGACACCAGCUGUGGAAUGUCAGCAAGUAUGGAACGUGUCUUGAUGCGGCAAUUACAGGGAUAAUGCCUCCUCCACUGAUGGAAGUCCAGUCAAGUCAAUGUUACUAUUCUGCAGUCACUAUUGGAGCGGAUGCUGUACUUUCAGCUUACAGGCUUUCGGAAGACAGAAGCAGAUCUUUAGUUGGAACCAUUCUGUCAAAAGUUCUGCCUGCUACAUUUUCAACUCUGGCUUCCUUCUCCAAAAUGAUAUGGCGAAGUGAGCAAACAUCAACCGGAAAAACAGAUGUGAAACCUCAGCCAUUUGCUAGAGGUGAAGCCAAUAAUUACAUUACUGUCAAUAUCAUGUUAUGUGUAGGAAGGUUACUUUUUUUUUCACAUUCCACCAUGUGGAAGAGUGUGAAAAUGAUCUAUAGAUGACUUCAUUAAAAAGGUUAGAGAGUGCUAAGAAUUGAUCUAUGGUUCACAUCUUAGUUGCAACCCUGAUCUGAUUCUAUGUUUUUUCAUUUCAACUUGCAAAACUUUUCAUUUUGAACUGAACUGUUUUCUUGAUUGGGGUGAUAUAUGAAGUAGGAUAGAACACAAGUGGUUUUCACAAGAGAUCAUGUCUUUUGUUUUUUCUGUGUGGUUGGAGCUGGGGCUAAAUUGAUUGCAGAUAUUUGGUUCUGCACUAGACGCACAACCUGCUCAGGUACAUGAUCCUGAAAUGCUGGUUGGUUUGCAUCUUAAAAAUCUCAUAUGGUGAAGAAUAUCACCUAAUUGUUUUCAAGGCCUCUAUGAUAUCAUCCAUAGUUAAAUUUGACUUAAUGUGGCCUAACUUUGUUGAGUAUUGGAUUUUAGAAUGCUUUAAGUGCAUACAUU